AUGACAAUCCUCGGCCACCUCUGGUUCUUGCUCUGGAUGCUCGCUGUACCCAUCUCCGCUGCCGAAGCGAUUCGAACCACUUCGGUAGGGGAUUCCGUUGCUACAAGCACUAGUAUUCUCAAGAUCUGGGAUGUGGACAAAAGUUGCAAUGAAGAGCUUAAGUACAUGGAGGAUUCCAUGAGUAUUGCUCUCGAUAUUGUCACCGCCGCUCACUCUGCUCUCAAAUUCAUGAAAGAGCAGUUACCGAAUAAAGAGAAAGAUGAGAACCGGGUCAUUCUCAGUCAAGAAAACGAUCCCCCAAAAGGAUACGUCAAAAGGCUAAGCAAGCUGCCGAAUGCCAAACCCAUGAUGAUGUGUCGAGAUGAAGCCGGUGAGGAUAAAUGGAAGUGGUAUGAUGUUGACGAUGUACUCCCUGGCCAACAAGUGUCAAUAGCGAAUAUGCCUGGCUUUACUAAGUUUGCUUUUGAUAAUUACGGGGCGUGGGUCUAUGGUCCCCGAUUCACUUGGAAGGUCAUCGAGAGGGAGGAGCCGAUCCUCUGCGGGCCAGGCACGGCGGCCGCUGUCGCGUGGGACAAGGACCUGAUGAUAUUCUGUCAUCAGCUCUUCACAGCUGAGGCUAAAGCCAAGAAGUCUCCGAGGGAGUUCAGAGAGUCUGGUAUUGUCGCUGGAGAAACGUUGGGCGAAUAUGCUACGCAUCUGUCGACCAUCAUGGUUCACGAACUUACUCAUUGGUUUGGUGGCAUCACUACAAAUGGUGAUCCCGAUGACCAAACGGCUUUGGAUGAUAAAGGUAGGCCACUCUAUGAGAUCGGAGAAGAGGUACGUGGUCGACGCCCGGAGCCGUCACGAAAGGAGGCCAAGGCACUGGGCUGGAAGCGUGUCAAGGCAUACCACUGUGGUCCGGAGAAAGCGACUAAAAAUGCCGAUUCUUUGGCGUUAUUCGCUCUGGCAAUGUACUAUGAUAAGUGGGAUUGGAGUUCUGGUGCUCGUGCAAAAGAGCCAGGGUCUAAAAAGAGGCCAAAAGAGGGCGGAGGAGAGAAUUCACGACAAGACGACUAA